AAUUCGUCAAAGCGAACUGUUCAUGCCCAUACUUAGAAGCUGUCAAACGCCGCCCACAUCAGUUCUCUCUGUGCUUUGAUUGUCUGUUAUACUGAACACACAUGCUAUGCCAGAUAUUUCUGGUAAAUUUAAAACAGAUACAAAACUGAAAAUAGUGGGAUGUUAAUAUUUAAGGUCAAGGGUAAUCGUACGCAUAUCAUUUGUUAGUUUCAGAAAAGGACCACAAAUCCUCGGCACUUAAAAGUUCUGGCAUGGAUUCUGUUGCUUGUAAGGCCGUGUAUUAUACAGUUGGAAACGUGCGUGUUACUGUAAAACAAGGUGAUAUUACUAAAGAGGACACAGAUGCCAUCGUAAACAGCUCCAAUAAAGACUUGGAUAUGAGUCAAGGAGGUGUUGCACAGGCGAUAAGAAAGGCUGGAGGUCAAGAGCUUGAUACAGAACUUAAAAGACUAAGACAGACAAUGAAAAACGAGCAGAUAGUUGUAUCAGAAGCCAAAGGCCUUGGAUGUAAAAACAUUAUACAUAUAACAGCCGUAGAAAUGUCAACAGUAAAUUAUAUUGAUAAAUGGAAUUCUGUCAUUAUCAGAUGCCUUCAAGAAGCUGACAAAUGUCUCUUUACAAGUAUUGCAUUGCCAGCUCUUGGCACAGGUUUAGGAAUGACAGCUGCUGCUAGUGCUGAUAUGAUAAUGAAAGCCAUUGUAGAGUACCAAGGAAAUAUACAGCAUCAUGUAACAGAUAUUCGUGUGGUUGUUUAUCAGUCAAGCAUGACUGAAGAGUAUCAAAAAGCAGCAAAAUAUGCCACAUGUCGAAAUAAAUUGACAGAUAGUGAUGGAUCAGUGCCAGGAAAUGUUGUAGAUAAAACGCAAAGGUCUGUUAUACUUGGUGCUGAAACAUCUGCCUUGCAACUAAAAGAAGAUGUAGUAGAUCCAGAUAAAGUCACCCUGGCUAUCAUCGCUUUGCACCCUGGUGAUAUUGACCGGAUAACACGUAAACUAACAAAACGAUUUAAAGAAAAGCAAAAAGUUAAAAAGAUCAAAGAGGAUAUCAUAAAGAAAAUGCACGGAAAGCAGAUGGAGGAGAUAAAUGAUAUAGCCAAACGUUAUCAUCUACAUUUUGAGGCUGAAACUGCAAAAGGAAAAAUAAAAAUAUCUGGAUACCACGAACAUGUUUCUGAAGCUUUAGAAGAAAUUCAAAGGGUAAUAAAUGCAGCAAAAAUGGAUCAACACAGUACCACGUAUGUUGAAUUGCUGAAGAAACCGGUUCAGUGGUACUUCGUAGAAAAUGGUGAAAUGAAGGAAUUUGAUAAAGAAACCAAUCUUUAUAUAGAAGCCGCCAGGACAAACCAGAAACUACAGUUUAUAUUUAG